AUGAAAGGUUCUCAAUUUUGGAGAAGCAACAGAAAAAUAGUAGUUGUAAGGGCAAACCAAGUUGCUAACAUUAGAAGGAAGCUCAAUUCGAAGAAAAGGAAGCCAGUUGAUUUCAUAGAGCAACUCAAGCGACUGGUCUCCGACUCUACCAAUGAUGACUUCGACGAACCAGUUCCCCUAGUGCCAAUCAGUGUUAGUUGUCCUACUAUGCCUAAUCUGACCGUGGAAGAACAAGCCAAAGAGAUGUUGGGCAAGAUAUUUAAUUGCUCUAUAUGUCUCAACAGAGCUACGUUACCAGCUGCUGCUUGCUCAUGCUUCUCAGUUAUUGGGUGCAUCCCUUGUGUAGAGCAGUGGUACGAGGCAACGACAACGAACAACAAUAAAUGUCCUCUGUGCAGAACCAACAGGCAAUACCACACCAUACCAAUUGUGCGUGAAUUUUCAUCUCUCCUGCAACAGCCGCUGCCUGAAGAGCCAAGUCAAAUCAACAUCCCCAGCGAUGAUGAUUCAUUAGACACCAUUCCAUACGGUGACAAUGAAACUUUAAGGAAUGAUGCGUCCGAUGAAGAACUACCUAUUGGACUAGGUGAAUAA